UCGCUGCACUUGGAGCGCAACAAUAUCCGGAGCCUCCCCGAGAGCGCUUUCGUGGAGCUGGCCCAUCUGCGGGACCUCUACCUGGCGCACAACCGCAUCGACUCGCUGUCUUCGGGGGCCCUGCGCCGGCUGGGUCCUGAGUUGCGCCUUCUGGACCUGUCGCACAAUCAGCUGAGGCAGGCCAGCCGGGACGAGUUCGGGGGCACGCGGGCCAAGACGCGCCUGUACCACAACCCCUGGCACUGCGACUGUACGCUCCAAGAACUCAUGGAGGCGCUCAACCUGGAAGCCGAGACGGUCAACGGAAUCGUCUGCGAGAGCUCAGUGCGAGGGCUGGGCGAGGCCAGCCGUUGGGAGGAACCGGGCGUGAUGGGCGAGCACGCCGGUCAGCCUCUGGACCGAAUCCUGGACUCGGGGGUGAACUUCUGCAGUUUGCAGCGCAAGACCACCGACGUGGCCAUGCUGGUCACCAUGUUCGUGUGGUUCUUCAUGGUCAUCGUGUACGUGGUUUACUACGUCAGGCAGAACCAGGCCGAGGCUCGCCGGCACCUGGAGUAUCUGAAGAGCCUACCGAGUCCUCGUAAGACCCCCACGGAGACGGACACCCUGAGCACCGGCUUCUAAAUUUUUAACCCCUGUGACUACUGAAAUACUAUAUGGCUUCUUGGUCAAGCCAAAUGGUGUAUCUGUUUGCCUUUUUAAGUCAGAACAGUUUUUCUGUGGCACACACAUAGUUCGAUCACCCACUAUUGUGCCCACCUGCGAAUUGCAAACAUCAGCGAAUGAUCGAAUACCCACUAAAAUGAUUUUGUAAUUGCAUUUAGAUGCCGCAAAUGGCGGCAAAGCCUUUAAAACAGAGACUGCAAUUCAGUUUAAAUGAUUAACUUGUCGAAGCAACACAGACAAAAAAAAAAAAAGAAUCAGCAAAGGAUCAUUACCAUGCCUCUAACAUGUACACAAUUACAAAGCUGUUACAGAAAUGACUAUUCAGUACAGCGGUGCCUUGAGGUGCGAAUCAAUUUUUUUUGUCUUCAGACACGCUCAAAUUGCAGAUGUGAGUGCGCUUCACACCCCCACCGCUAGAUGGCGAGAGCACACUUCACAUCAUCAAGUCA